AUGCGUGAACAAUAUGUGUUCCUCCUCUUAUUCUCCGUAGCCGUGAAGUCUCUCCUUGUGGACUUUGAGACGAUUGACAAUCUCCUCGACGGUCAUAUUCUUGAGGUCACCAAAUUGCUCGAUCGCGGUAACGAUCUCCAUAACGUUCAAGAUAAAGCGAAUUCCCUACAAAAUCAAACUCAAUUGAUUCAUUCCAAGGAUAAGUUUCUAAGAACUUACGAUGAUCUGGAGAGAGUCGAAUACAGUUUAAGAAGUGCUCGGGCCAAAAUAAAAGAAGCAAAAAAUAAAAAUGUCUCCGUUUCCGACAUGGACUUAACUUCCGAAGGUUCAAUCUAUUGGAACCAUGUGACAUUUGAGAGGAGUUACAAAGAAAUGGAGAAGAGAUUGAAGAUAUUCAUCUAUGAAGAAGGUGAACCACCAAUCUUCCAUAAUGGCCAUUGCACCAACAUCUAUGCCAUUGAGGGACUCUUCCUACAAAAUAUUGAAACCAGCCCUUUUCGAACUAGAAAUCCGAGUGAGGCACAUCUAUUCUUCUUACCCUUUAGCGUGACAGAAAUAGCCAUGGUCGUAUACCAGAAUGAUCACAAAUGGGGUCCGAUGCGGAAGGUUGCCAAGGAUUAUGUCAACGUCAUUUCUAAUAAGUACACUUAUUGGAAUCGGACCAUGGGAGCCGACCAUUUCAUGGUCGCUUGCCAUGAUUGGGGUCCUGAAAUUUCCUUUGCCAUUCCAUCGCUAGUAAACAAUUCAAUUCGAGGCUUGUGCAAUGCCAACAUGUCCGAAAGGUUUAAUCCUUUGAAAGACGUUUCCAUCCCAGAAAUCCACCUUCCAACCGGAACAACCAAAGGUUUGAUCGGUGGACCACUCCCCUCCAAGCGAACAAUUCUAGUAUUUUUCGCCGGAGGGAAUCAUGGGCCAGUUAGGCCCAUAUUAUUUAAGCAUUGGGAGAACAAGGACCCCUAUGUCCAAGUUCACCAAUACCUCCCGAAGAACAUGUCUUACUACAAAUUAGUUAGGAAGAGCAAAUAUUGUAUAUGUGCAAGCGGUUACGAAGUGGCUAGCCCGAGAAUGGUGGAGGGGAUAUACAUGGGAUGUGUCCCGGUUCUUAUUAAGGAUCACUAUGCCUUACCUUUUGGGGAUGUACUAGAUUGGGAGAAAUUCGCAGUGAUUAUCCCGGUUAAGGAGAUCCCGAAUCUAAAGAAGAUUCUCUUGGAAAUUCCGGAGGAGAAGUAUUUAGAGAUGCACAAAAAUGGGCUUAAAGUUAGAAGGCAUUUUGAGGUGAAUUAUCCUCCAAAGAGGUAUGAUGUUUUUCAUAUGAUUCUUCAUUCCAUUUGGCUUAGGAGACUCAAUGUUCAUCUUCAUAGUUUACAAUCAUGA